UCAAAUUAGUUAGAUGUGGCUAUUUGUAAUUGAAUGAUUAUAAUUAAUUAAGUGCUUUAAUUCAUUGACACUAUUUGAAAAUCAUUCAUAAAAAGCGCUAAAAUAUUUAAACUAAAACCUUUUGAAAAAGUAUAAGUAUUCUGUUUUGAUUAAUUAAUGGAAGUUUUUUAUAACCUAAUAUCUACAAAUUUUUAUCUUUGAAAAAUAUUUAUUGAUAUUGAUUUUCUUAUUUGUAUUCCUUCUUAACCAUAAAAAAUCAUAAUAUGCUCAUGUAGAAUUUCAAAUAUGACUGAGCAAGCCACUUCUCCCUCCACAAGCUAGUUUAAGAUUAAGUUUCUAAAAGUCACGCAUGGUGGCGUAGUGUGUAAUACUCUGAUACAACUAUGUAGAGUUUUUUAUUAUAUAAUAAUCACACUAUACACAUUAUUCUUUUGUGUCGUUCUCACUCUUUCAGUGCAAUAAGUGUUGACAUUCAAAAUAAAUGUUUUGAAGAAAGACAUCUUGUUAUAUUUUGUGAAAAUCGAAUUGAAACGUAUAAGUUUGGUGUUGUAUACUGAAUUAGUGUAAUCUAGAUGUGAUUGACUACUAGACGGUACAAUUAUAACCUUUUUGUGGCUUUAAUUUCAUAAAUUUUGAAGCUCGCGGAGAUUUUGGAAGCUAAGUUUAACUUAAAAUACAUUAUUUGAAUAAAAUAUUCUAUGUUUUGAGUUUUAUUUUGUUAUAUAUUAUUCUUCAUCAACAUGUAAGUGUAAUAAUUAUAAUUAAGUCGUUGAAAAUGUGCUGCUCCAUAUUGAUAUUAAAAUGUUCUUUCUUUUUAUUUAUUUUUAGGUCUGUAGAAAAUUCACCUCGUAAAAAAAAGUGUAAGCUACAGUUGUCAUCAACUUUUAAUAAAACAAAAAACAAUAUUCUUAUAUUGCAAGAAUCAAGUAAAGAUGAAGGUAACGACUUACAGUUAUCUCGAGAACUAAGUGGAUUAUCUAUGCACUCAGAUAAUGAAGAUGGUGUUAAAAGAGAUGUCUCUCGUAAUAUUUGUGACAACAGUUUUGAAGAGAAUAACACCGAAAAAAAUUCAAAUGAUAUUAGUGACGAUGAUGAUGAUAACGAUGAUGAUAAUGAUGAUAAUAACAGUGGUAGUAGUCAAAAUCAUGAUCUCAGCAAUACGGACGGUAAUGAUGCCAAUGAUAAUACUAUGAGUGAACAAGAAAAAUUUUUGAAUGCUAUAAAAAACUCGGCUUGCCUCGAUGGAAAAUUUUUUAAAGUUGAUAUGGAAUUGAGUUCGUUUAAUUCAGUUCAUGCCAUAUGCAAUUUCUGCGAUCCACCAAAGAAAUUUAAAGGAUCAAUGCAAGUAACAUCAAAUUUCAUAAAGCAUCUUAAGACAAAACAUUCUAAGUCUCAUGAAGAAUAUCAGAAAUAUGCUGACAUGAAACGCAAAGGGUUAAAAGUUAUCAUUGAUAAAAAACGUUGGAAAUGUAAAUUUAAUCAAGAUCUCUAUGAAAAAAAUAUCACAAAUGUUGUAUUAAAGUUUAUGCUUCCUUUUCGUAUUGUUGAAGAUCCGACUUUUCGUAAAAUAUUUGAUGAUUUUGAGUUUACAAAAGGUACAAAUCAGCUGAAGCAUUUAACACGCUUUACUUUAGCGAAGAAAGUCAACCAACGUUAUAAGGAACUGAUGGCAGAAGUUCGCAAUAAAUUGCUAUUAUUAAUUACUGAUGGUGGCUAUGUUUGUACGACAGCCGAUAUGUGGUCAAGUAAUCAACGUCGUUACUUAGGUGUCACGGUCAGCUGGAUUGAACCGAAAACUUACACCAGAAAGUCUGCAGCUAUUGCUUGCCGUCGAUUUCCGGGGACUCAUUCGUUCGAUGCUAUAGCAAAACUACUAUCCGGAAUUCAUGAAUCAUUUGGAUUAUCAGUUGAUUCAAUCCAAGCUACUGUUACUGAUAAUGCAUCAAAUUUUUCCAAAGCAUUUAAAGAAUUUGGUGUUGGCUCUUAUGACGAUACUUCAUUAGAUGUAAGUGAAAAAAAUGAUGGAAAUGCUGACGAGGACGAUGAUAUUGGUAUUAAUGAAAUUGAUAAGAGUGACCCGGAUAAAAUUGUAAAAAGUGACGAUACAUUUGGCAGUUAUUGUAAACAUAAGUUACCUCGACAUGUCAAAUGUGCGAGCCAUACUUUAAACCUUAUUGCUUCUGAAGAUGUGACAAAGGCUAUCAAUAAUGAUAAACGUUUGAAAAGACAACAUAAAAACGUCAUGGAUAAAUGUUCGAGUUUGUGGAAGUUGCUUCGAUCUCCAAAAAUACAUGAACGCUUGAAGUCCACUUUAGGAAUUUCUUUACGGCGUCCGGUAGUCACCAGAUGGAAUUCUACCUAUGAUUGUUUAAAACAAGUCAUAAGUAUUAAAGAUAAGUUGAUUAAUGAAGAUUUUGGUGAACUAAAAGAGCCAUUGUGUAAAGUAGAUUUCGAGUAUUUAGAGGAAUUUCUCAUGUGUUCAACCCCACUAGCUUUAGCAAUUGACAAAUUGCAAGCAGACCAAUGUUAUUACGGAUGUCUUUUGCCACAAUUAGUAUCAGUCCAAAAUGACAUGAAUGAUUUAUUACUCGGUGAAAAACUCAGGUUCUGUCAUACUAUAGUUGUAACUACAAUUAAGUCUAUUGAGCGAAGAUUUCAAAAUCAGUUUGACUUUUCCUUAGCUGAUAAUCAAGCUCUUAUUGCAGCUAUCUCUCACCCACUGUUUAAGGGUCAAUGGCUAGCAUCUUUUCCUCCGGAUGUUCAGAAGCUUGCACAUGAAAAAUUUUCAGAAACUGUGUCGAAAGAAGCAUCUAUCGACACUUCUAUCGACGUAAUUGAUAAUGGUGAUGCCGAUAAUCAAAAAUUAAAUUUUGGAAAUCGGGGAGCUUUAGUAAGAGAAUUUAAAGUUUCGUCAUCACAAGGCCAAACCGCUGCAGAAGUUGACUGCUUUUUAAAAAGCUCAAAAUUUAGAUUUUCCAUACUCGAUGAUUAUCCAACUAUCCGUCAAGUAUUCUUAAAAUUUAACACUCCAUUACCAUCAUCGGCUCCAGUGGAACGACUUUUUAGUCACGCAACGAUGAUGAAUUUGCCCAAAUAUAAUCGCCUGAGUGAUGAACACUUCGAACAGCGUGUGCUAUUUAAAGCUAACUCAACAAAAAGUCAUUCAUAAAAAAAAAUUUUUAAUUUGUAUUUCCCAUUACAUGUCAAUUAAAAUUAAAUUUUUUAUUUUUACUUAAAAUUUUUUUUAUUAUUAAAUACUGGUUAUUUUCAUUUA